AUGAAUAGACUUGGAAGUCCAAAAAAAAAAUCCACUCUCCAUGUAAAAAAAAACAUUAGCAAAUCACACGUGCAUUACUGCGAGGCGCCGUACACCAACUUACUCGCCACAGACCCAGUUCUCCCGCAGUCUCCGAGCUCGUCUUAUUGCCAAUCAAAUCAUUCCAAGUGUCAAUUACCGCCUGGCCGGCUAGCUAUCUCCCAGCCGCGCGAUGUGGCCACCGAGUUUGCGAACGGCAUCGCCGAAUGCCACGCACAUGCGGAGACCGGUUCAGCCGGUCACUUGACCUUGGCCUGCACGUUCUUCCCGCGAUGGGUUGCAAGGUAUCAGGAAGGGCCACCUUCCUCUGCAGGGCUGGCGCUUGAGGGUUAUCUAAAGCGUAGCCACUCGCUGGCUUCCAGCCCCUCUCCCUUGGUGCCCCCUUUGAGGGUUGCUGGAGGUGGCGGUCCUUCACCCUCAUCCUCAGCCUCUUGCAUCUUCUUCCUUGGUGAUGGGCAGAGCUCUGCACCCGCUAGCUCCAUUUCAGGGGCUAUCUUAUCUGGGCUUGGGCCUGGUACUUCCGCUGACCUGAAUCAUAGAGUCCUCAAUAGUGCUGCAAACUCAUCUGGGCCCAGUAUGGGGGCAAGCUCUCUUGUCACAGAUGCCAAUUCCUCCCUCUCUGGGGGGCCACAGUUGCAGAGGAGCUCCAGCAUAAACAAUGAGUCAUAUACACAUCUUCCGGCAUCUCCACUGUCCUUCUCUUCCAAUAACAUCUCCUGCUCCUCUGUCAUGGAUGGUUCAUCCAUUGUUCAACACAGUCCUCAGCAAGAACAUAUGGUAAAGCAAGGUAAUUCCAGCAAUUUAUCACAGUCAAUAAUGCAUGAAUCUGGAAUGCUGCCUGCUGAGAAGAGGCCGAGGUUGGACAUGAGGCAGGGAGAUGCUUAUCAUCAGCAAGUCAUCCAACAAAUGUUGCAGAGGCAGCAGAGCCCUCAAAUUCAGGCCAUGAUACAUCAGCAGAGGUUAGCUCAGGCUGCACAACAGCAGCAACAACAACAAAUUUUGCAGUCACUACCGCAAUUGCAGCGAAUGCAGGUGCACCAACAAACCCAACAGCCUAGGCCGAACCCUUUGCAGCUAGUAUCUCCUGCAAGACGCCCCUCUGAGAGCGGUUUGUGUGCUUGGAGGCUGAUGCAAUAUAUGUACCACCAAAGUCAUCGACCUCCUGACAAUUCUAUAACUUACUGGAGAAAAUUUGUUGUGGAAUACUUUGCACCCAAAGCAAAGAAAAGAUGGUGUUUGUCAUUGUAUAAUGGUGUUGGCAGUCAUCCUUUAGGCACUUUUCCUCAAGCUUCUAUGGAUGCAUGGCAAUGUGGCAUAUGUGGUUCUAAAUCUGGAAAAGGCUUUGAGGCCACUUAUGAAGUUCUUCCUAGGCUCAAUCAAAUUAAAUUUGAUCAUGGGGUUAUCGACGAGCUUUUAUAUCUUGAGAUGCCUCGUGAAGGACGGCUUCCAUCUGGGAUGAUGGUUUUGGAGUAUGAAAAAGCUGUUCAAGAGAGUGUCUAUGAGCAAAUACGGGUUGUGCGUGAAGGCCAACUUCGAAUAAUUUUCACUCCUGAUUUGAAGAUCUUGUGUUGGGAGUUCUGUGCUCGACGCCAUGAAGAACUUUUCCCUCGUAGAAUGAUGGCAAAUCAAGUGAACCAGUUGCUGCAUGUUGCACAAAAAUAUCAAGCUGCUGUAAAUGAAAGUGGUACUUCAGGGCUUUCUGUUCAAGAUCUGCAGGCCAGUUGCAACAUGUUUGUGGCGGCAGGCUGGCAACUUGCAAGAAAUCUUGAACUGCAAUCACUAAAUGAUCUAGGCUUUUCCAAAAGAUAUGUUAGAUGCUUGCAGAUAUCCGAAGUUGUUAACAGCAUGAAAGACUUGAUUAAUUUCAGUCAAGCACAGAAGAUGGGACCCAUAGAUAGCCUGAAGAACUUUUCUCAUGCAGCAUCUAAGCUCCAAUCCCAGAACAUGAAUGAGGCAGAACAAAUUGCUGCCGCUCAGAACCUCCCAAUUGACCAGAACAAGGAUAAACUCAUAUCUGGGCGUCCUGGGUUUGGUAACCACUCAGGAAAUACUCACCCAACAACCCGCUUCUUAAACAACACUUCGCAGGCUACAAUGCCAUUAAAUAGUUACCAAUAUUUAUCGAGAAACUCUGCUAACUUAGACCAGAAUCAUCUGCGCUCCGAUGCCUCAUUUGCUCUUCUCAACCAGGCACCAACUGUACCAUUUCAGGGCAACGGUGCUUCAAGCGCACCUGGCCAAAGCUUUCACAACCCGCAGCAACAAGCUUUGCCAACAAAUCUGUGUCAGAUCAACAAAAACCAAACUUCGUCCCAAGCAAACCAACACUUGCAACAGCAUAUGAUACAGCAACUUCUGCAAGAAAUGAUGAACAAAGGAACUCCACAGCCGGCCUUGAACACACCUGUUGUUAACGGUAAUGUUACAGCUGAUGUAGUUGGUUGUUCUGGUCCUGUUACAGCAACUAAGAUCACAGGACCAGGGAGGAUUGGAACAGAAAUCAGCACAGAUGAGACAUCCACUGAUGUGAAGGGAAUGAUCCCUACUACGAGCGACACUUCGAAGCCUCCUUCCAAAAGUAGUAACUCCUGUAUAAGUAACAAUAACUAUACUGCAAAGCUGGAUGCGCUGGAAAACAUGAAUCUUGGUGAUCUAGAACCUGACAUUUUAAGAGAAUUCUCCGAAGGUGGGUUUCAGUGGUGAGGUGGCGCAUAUGAUGUGGUGAUAAUUACUUGUGAGAAAGAUUAUAAGUUGUCUUAUAUUUGUUUUAUGGAAGCUUUGGGAUAUUAACGUCGAGUUGGGAGUUUAUGAGGGACUUUGUUUCCCCGUAAGGCAAACCAACUGCUUCUGAGUAUUGAAAUCGUAAAUGUACUUUCAGGCUUUGCAAAAAUACUGGUCAGUAAAUGUGCUUCUUUGAUUUAUUGUAUGAAGUGCUUGCGUUGUGAUUUGAAGUC